CUUCAGUUGGAUCUUGACAUCUUCGCCAUCUGUUUUCACCUCCGGACUCUAGAGCUGCACGAACGACUGGCCAACUGACCUUUGUCGCCUUUUUUGGACUAUCGAAAACAAGUCCGACAACGGUUGAUAGCGAAACAAAUUCCACCAUGAGUGACUACGGCGAGGAACAACCGCCAGCCGAUGCUGAAGGACUAGACCGGCCAUCUGAAAACGAAGACCAACUGGACGAUCUCAACGACGAGUUCAACGACCCAUCGAAACCUGCACAAGAACAAGCCAAUAAUGCCGAUGACUCGGAUGAUGAAUCCCUGCUCUCCGAAGUCGACGAGGCGCAGUUUGCCGACUUUGACCCCACGAAUGUGCAGGUCGCGCCCGAUUUCGACACGCUGAACAGAUCCAUCCACGUGAAGAAGCGCAAGCGGACUGAUGGUGAAGAAGCUGCCCCGAAGAAGAAGAAGGAGAAGACCCGGGAGAGAGCGCGAAAGAACAGACGGAGGCAAGACAGCGAUGAAGGGUUCUCCGGCGGCGAGGAGAUUGAAGGCAAACGAGUCCGCAAAGCAAAGGAUGGCGACGGCGAGAGAAAGAAACCGGCUCGAGUGGAGAUCAACGAAGAGGAUUUGACACCAGAGGAACGUCGCAGACGAGCACUGGACAGAGCAAUGGAUGCAGCCGUCAAGAGAACGCAGGGGAAGCGUGUCCGUAAGGGUGAAAUUGACUUGGAACAAGCUGCCGACCAGGAAAUUGAGGAUUUGCGGAACCGUAUGAUUGCGGCAGCCGAAACGGACGGCGAAUUGGUGCGACAAGGGCUUCCGGCAUCACAGAAACUCAAAAUGCUUCCCGAGGUUGUGAGCUUGCUCAAUCGCAACAAUAUCGUCCAGUCUAUCCUCGAUCCGGAAACGAAUCUGCUGGAGGCGGUGCGAUUCUUUUUGGAACCCCUGACUGACGGCAGUCUUCCUGCAUACAACAUCCAACGUGAGCUGUUUGCGGCUUUGGCAAAGCUGCCCAUGAACAAGGAGACCCUGAUUUCUUCUGGCAUCGGCAAAGUCAUUCUGUUCUAUCGGAGAUCCAAAAGAGCCGAACCGGCAAUCAAACGACAAGCCACGAAGCUCAUGGAGGAAUGGUCCAGACCUAUCUUGCAACGAAGCGACGACUACACCAAGAAGAACUGGGCGAGAGCAGCAUAUGACCCGACCAAGAAGAGAGAAGACCUCAGCCAGCCUACUGCCGUGCCCAAGAUCAAGAACAACCUUGCACCUGGCCAGAAACAGAGCAAUAGGGCGAGGUUAUUGCCUGGGGCUACCAGCUACACUAUUGUGCCAGAGGUCUCGACUAUCGUUCGGCGGUAGGGGGUAGGAAAGUCAUGCUAUGCCGCCAGUGUUAUUCCACAGUAAGGUCUGCACAAGUUCUUCGGACAAGGCGAUGCGACCCUCUCCGCGUGGGUUGGUCCACAAUGCAAUGUAUUAGUAGGGCUUUACACGCAAUGAUGAGAAUCUAACACUCUCUUGAAGCCGUCAAUGAUGGCAAGGCAUCUAACUUAUCCCAGUCGUUUCUUUUGAGUCCUUUUGUGCAAGUCAAAUUCUUUGAGACCCUGUGCUUGGUAAACCUUCAGCAUUGCACACUUUUCUAAAUA